CCCAAUCAGAUGCGAAAAACAUUAGGCUGUGUGACUGCGUUGCUGGGUAAGUAAAACAAAAACAACAGCUUGUGCGUCCGAGUCAAAAGCGCUGAGGUGCGAAACGUUAUCUGCGGGAAUUCUUGUUUUUGCACGGUUCCGCUGCAAAAAGCCCUUUUUCUACCGUAAACCAUGGCAGCUGACUGCGAGGCUUGGCUCAACGCAAACCCUGUUGGGGUCGAGGACCUCAGCGACUCCUUCAUUUCAGGAGAGGAAGACAACGGAGGAAGUGGCGUCUCCAAUAAGAACAUCAACAACGAGAUCAACGGCAACUGGAUCUCUUCCCCCAGCAGCAACAUCCACGAGGCUUGUCUGAAGGCAAAGGCCAAGCGGAGGCUGCGCAAACACUCCUCCAGGGACUCGGGCCGGGGGGACUCCCUCAGCGACAACGGGGAUGUUGGGAGGGGAACCUCUAUGGCGCCAACAAGUCCCAAGAGCAAGCUGCUCGACCGCAAGUCCCGCAUGGGGAAAGGUAGAGGCCUGCCAAAAAAAGGUGGGGCGGGAGGAAAGGGCGUGUGGGGAAGGUCGGGCGAAGUUUACGAGCCGGUGGAGGUGGACAAGAAAGACCCCAACUUUGAUGAAGACCAGGAGAACUGUGUGUACGAGACCGUGGUGCCUCCGCUGGAUGAGAGGGACUUCGAGAAGACUGUCGCCCCCAUAGUGCAAGAGUACUUCGAACACGGAGACACCAAUGAAGUAGCUGAGCUGCUCGCAGACCUGAACCUGGGGCCCAUGCGGAGCGAGGUUCCGUCGCUCGCCGUGUCUCUGGCCCUGGAGGCCAAGGCGAGCCACCGGGAGCUCACCUCCAGGCUGCUGGUGGACCUGUGUGGAAGCGUCCUCUCCCGCAGCGACAUGGAGGCUUCUUUUGACAAGCUGCUGAGAGAACUGCCCGACCUGGCGCUGGACACACCUGGAGCACCUCAGUUGGUCGGCCAGUUCAUCGCUCGGGCCGUUAGCGACCAAAUAUUGUCCAAAAGCUACAUUGAGGGCUACAAAGGCAAAGUCGACUGUGAUCAUGCAAGAGCGGCACUAGAUCGAGCAGUGGUGCUGCUGAAGAUGAGCAUGGGGGGUCUUCGCGUUGACAACCACUGGGGGACGGGAGGAGGCCAGAGGCCGGUCAUACAACUCAUCAAAGAGAUGAACCUGCUGCUAAAGGAGUACAUCCUGUCUGGAGACGGCAAGGAGGCGGAGAGAUGCCUUCGAGAUCUGGAGGUCCCACAUUUCCACCAUGAAUUUGUCUAUGAGGCAAUCGUGAUGGUGUUGGAGUCCCGAGGGGAGAAAACAUUCAAAAUGGUGCUGCAGCUACUCAAGUCACUCUCUCUGUCUUCCAUCAUCACUGUGGACCAAAUGCGAAGGGGAUAUGAAAGAGUUUACAUGGACAUCGAGGAGAUAAACAUUGAUGUUCCUCUCGCCUAUUUCAUUCUGGAACAAUUUGUGGAUAAGAGCUUUCGCCUGGGAAUCAUUGGUUUAAAGUUAAGAGAUCAGUGUCCCCACCGGAACCGAAAGAGGUUCGUCAGCGAGGGAGACGGCGGAGUUGUGAAAUUUGAACGGUACUGAGGAGGCCUUUUUUACGAGCCAGAAUUCCUGAAAAGAAGUGGACAAACGUACCGUUUUACUUGCAUUUUUUUUUUUUUUUUUUUUUUAGAAAAAACAGUGAAGUAAAAUGUUCUCCCUUCUAACGGUAUAAUUCUGGGUAAACAAAAGCAGCACUUUUGGUUUAAACUGAUGUGGACCACUUUUCUCCAAAGUGUAACUCUACAUUUACAUAAGCUAUCCCUUAAAGUGCCAUUCCGUGUUUUGUACAGUUGUUUUUUUUGUUGUUUUUUGUUUUGUUUUCCGAUUUUACUGCCACUCCUUUUGUGUUUUCCAAAAGCAGUGUUUGUACCAAGAUAACUAACUUGUGAUAAGAGCUUUAUGAGUCUGUGGAGAUCAUAAAAAAAAUAAAUAAAGGGAGGAUGAUCAUUCAAUGCA